CAAGAGCAAAACUGUUACAUUCAAAUGUUCUAACAAUGGGGCAUCGCGACAUUAUCAAUUCUCGUGUGUAAGGAUUAAAUUUAAAGAGACACGCACACACAGUCGGAGGAGUAAGAAACAAAGCGUAUGUGGAUUUGGUUUAAAGCAGCUGAGUGUGCGUAUUUUUUGGAUAUGGUUAUACCGAAAGGAAAUUGGGAAAACCGUCUGAAUAAUGAGGAAAAAAUAGCGGCAAUGUGCGGCGAUCUUUGUCGCGGUUUCGCGUCGCGCUUUUAACCUGUAAUUUACGAUCGGCAACGAAGUUUUAAGAUGGAAUGGGAAAGUUGGGUUAAAACCGACGUUCUCAUAGAUUUAAGCGAAAGUCAGUAACCAAGCGACUGUAUUUAAACCAUAUUUAACGAUGGCAAUUUACGAAGAUAUCAUUUAUAUUGGUUCUGCUUUGGACGCAUAACAAUGUAUACAUGUGUGUUCGGUUACCCCUUUAUAUGUUUGGUGACCUCUGAUAGGGAUAAACAGAAAGCCGCCAAUGACAUAAGAUACAUUUUCCCGAAGGGCUGUUCACGUCGAACGCGUGGUUAAGUUCGUCUUUUCAGUGUAAAUGUGCUCGUUUGAACAGCGCCGCAUUUUUAGAUGCCGAGUCAAGGGGGAAAAAAACUUCAAAACAAAACGCGUUAACACUUGCGUUCUUUUUUGGAACGUGUUCGGCUUGAACGCCCCCUAAAGUUUAUUGCGUCUUGGAGUUCUCUGGAACGAAAUUGGCUUGGGAACAUACGUGAUUGCGGUUCAACUGACCGUUGAUGGCAAGCGAAUGUGACUGGAAUUGCACUUCGUCGGCUGGUUGGAGUGGAGUGAGCUGCCUGCUUUACCUUUUUCAGCAUCGCACAGGAAGAUACUGGCGGGACGCAGAAGUAUCGUGUGUCUUUGGACCUGGACUGUUUUGGGUAUUCGGGUCUUAUCUUUGAACGUGGGAUAUAAACGGUACAGUGUUGUAGUUUUUCUUCUGGGUUUGACCGCAUCCUGUGUCAUAUAAACCAGUGUAAGGUUUGAGCGGACAGGCAUGCAGUUGAAUCGACCUAAGAGCGCUCACAUGGUCACUUCCAGUCCGCACAAUUCCUCCUUUUCCAGCCAGUUCAAAACCAUGCGCUUCUCAUACCACAUCGGCAGCGGUUUGCCGAGUCCUCAACCUGCCCUGCGCAGAUCAGGCCCCUCUGCAUCCAGUCCGCAGCUUCUAACCGAGAGUCUGUCAUUUGACUCAGGCCCCUGUCUCGGAUCCCACGAGGCCCCACAGCGCCUCUGCUCUGACCCUGGACCCCUGGAAUCACAGCACUGCAAUGGCACAAGUGAGAACGGACCGCAAGAUGUCCCGCCUCCACCUCCCAAAACAUGCCCCCCUUUACCUGGGCCAAAGCCUCAAGUGCCCCCGAAACCACCUCAUCUAAAGCAGCAGACCUCUCGACGGCCACACCCCCCCGACAAACCCCUCCCCCCGCCACCCUGCCGUCCACUUCCCGCUGACCCUCGCCAAUCACGUGGCACUUUACCGAGAGCAGAGGGAAGCUCCUCCCCAACUUGUGUCCUCUCGCUCAUCGAGAAGUUUGAGAGGGAGCAGAUCAUUGUGGUGCAAGAUAUCACCGGGGGAGUGAUGUGCACCCCACGAGUCCCCGAACCACAGGCAGCUGCUGGGGCAGUUAGCCAGCCACCCUCUGAGUUCAUCUUACCUUGCACCUCCCUUGAAGCUCCACUAGAGGCACCGCUGGCAGAAGCAGAGGUAGAGAAAGAAGAAAAGGACGAAACGGAGGUGGACGAAACCGAGGAAGACAACAGCGAACUCGGAGCAUCUUGCUCAGAGAAGCGUCUCUCUAUGGAAUCAGGCUACGGUGCCUGUGAUAAACUGCUGGACACUAUGGAAAUGAGGGACCUUAUGGCCAACCAAUCAGAAAUCCCCUCUGACCGCUUGUCCCUCCCACCAUCCCAGAUGGAUGGGAAGCUGGCCAAUAGGGAUAGUGGUAUUGACAGCAUCAGUUCGCCCUCGCACAGUGAGGAGCUGUGCUUUGUUGGGGAUGAGGACCGGAUUGGUCAUGAGAGGGACAUUUGCCAAUGCAGCCCGGGGCCCAGCCUCUCUUGCGGCUAUGCCGAGGGGCUUGAAGGAGAGGGGGCCAGCGGUGUAGAGGGUGGCAGAGACUCAGAGGGGGACAGUGAUAUGGAGGAAGGCAGUGGGGAUGAGAGUGAAAUGAAUCCGAUGGCUCUACAACCUCUCCCUAAAGCUGAGAGACAAGACUCCUCUGAGCUUUCAGUCCAGCAGCGAGUGUUUAACAUUGCUAAUGAGCUGCUGCAUACAGAAAAGGCUUACGUGUCCAGACUGCACCUCCUGGAUCAGGUGUUCUGCGCUCAGCUGAUGGAGGAGGCUCGAACCCGCAACUUUUUCCCCUGUGAGGUGGUCAUGGGCAUCUUCUCCAACAUCUGCUCCAUAUACUGCUUCCACCAGCAGUUCCUGCUGCCUGCACUGGAGAAACGGAUGGAGGAGUGGGAUCUGAACCCCCGCAUCGGCGAUAUCCUGCAGAAGCUGGCCCCUUUCCUGAAGAUGUACGGAGAGUAUGUCAAAAACUUUGACAGAGCCAUGGAGCUGGUGAAUACCUGGAUGCAACGCUCCUCUCAAUUCAAAGCCAUCAUUCAUAACAUCCAGAAAGAGGAGAUGUGUGGGAAUCUUACCCUGCAGCACCACAUGCUGGAGCCUGUGCAGCGAAUCCCACGUUACGAGCUACUGCUCAAAGACUAUCUGCACCGUCUGCCAGAGGACGCGGACGACUUCAAAGAUGCGCAGAAAUCUCUGGAGCUGAUUGCCACUGCGGCAGAACAUUCAAACGCUGCCAUCAGGAAAAUGGAGCGCAUGAGAAAGCUUUUGAAAGUGUACGAGUUGCUCGGUGGGGAAGAGGACAUCGUUAACCCGACUAAUGAACUGAUUAAAGAAGGACACAUCCUGAAACUGUCAGCCAAGAAUGGCUCUUCACAGGAUCGAUACCUCAUUCUGUUCAAUGACAGGUUAUUGUACUGUGUUCCCAAACUGAGGCUGAUAGGACAGAAGUUUGGUGUCCGAGCACGGAUUGAUGUCGACGGCAUGGAGCUGAAAGAGACCAGCAGCAUGAACGUACCACGGACGUUCCUGGUGUCUGGAAAACAACGUUCACUAGAGCUACAAGCAAGGACGGAGGAAGAGAAGAGAGACUGGAUUCAAGCAAUCCAGGCCACUAUACAGAGACAUGAACAAACGCUAGAAACCUUCCGUAUGAUAAACUGCUCAUUCCGUGAGGAGGACUUCACUCCUCCAAACUCUCCGAAUUCCACAGAGCUUGGAAAGCGAGCGCCCACUCCGAUCAGAGAGAAAGAGGUCACACUGUGUAUGAAGUGUCAGGAGCCAUUCAACUCUAUUACCAAACGACGACAUCACUGCAAAGCAUGCGGACAUGUGGUCUGUGGAAAGUGUUCGGAGUUCCGUGCUCGUCUGUUGUACGAUAACAACCGAGCCAACCGUGUGUGCAUAGACUGCUAUACGACGCUGGUAGGAGUGCCGCCUUCUCCGGCCAGUCUGGCCAGUAGCACACAGAGGCGCCGCUCCAUUUUAGAGAAACAGGCCUCUGUGGCAGCUGAAAACAGUGUGCUGUGUAGUUUCCUGCAACACAUGGAGAAGGGAAGUGGACGGGGAUGGCAGAAGGCCUGGUUUGUCAUUCCUGAGAAUGAACCACUGGUGUUGUAUAUCUAUGGUGCUCCACAGGAUGUCAAAGCUCAGCGCAGUAUUCCCCUGAUUGGAUUCGAGGUGUCUCUACCUGAAUCAAGUGACCGUCUUGAACGUCGCUACGCCUUCAAAAUGAGCCAGAGUCAUUUGACCGUUUACUUCAGUGCCGACAAUGAGGAGCUACAGCGACGCUGGCUGGAGGUUUUAUUAAGAGCUGGGAGGGGGGAGGAGUUGCAGUCAAAUGGUCCCAUUUCUGAGGCCCUUGAGGAAGAGGGGGAGGAGCCAGUGCCUGCAGGAGAAAGCACAUGAUUGGCUUAAAAAUGCUAUAUAAUUUUGCACACACAAACUGUACAAAAGUGACCACAGCAACAGGAUAUAUUAGACAAGAACACACACAUUUAACUUCUCUCUUACACACAUCUGUAUUAAUUGUCAGUUGUAAGUUGCAUGAAAAACUCUACAGGUACGUUUCAAUGUGUAUUGCUUGUGUGAGUGGCCAGUGUUCGGAACAAUCUGACGAAAGUGUGCACACUUUAAAGAAAACUUAUCAAAGGACACAUGGUUAUGUGCUUCAUAUUUAGUAUCCACUUUUUCGACCGCUAGCAGUUUCUGUGUUAAAUUGACCAUUUCUGCCAAAUGUUGAGGUGUUGUGAAGUGGUUUCUCGACCGAGGAUUCUAACUCUGUAAAAGAAGACCUGUAGGCUUUGUUUUAGCAUAAUGAGACGGUUUUAUUGAUGUCAGUAUGGUGAUGUGACUGGUGGAGUGACUGUGCUUGAAUGUUUGGUCUGGUUUCAUGAAAAGUACAAGUUAUACAAAGAAUCAUCAGUCAAAAACACAUCUAGGUCACAUUUCACCCCAAAAUCAAAACAAAAUAAAUAAAUACUUUUUGCAUAGAAAAUUAAGUACCAAUACAUUUUUUUGCAUGCGUCCAGAAUUGCUUUUGAGUUUAUUUGUAAUUCUUAUGCUCAAUGGAUUCUCAUUAGUGUAAUACUGUAAAUAUGUUUUUUAAAAAUCUGCAUAAAUUAAGAUUAAGAUUCAACUUUAUUGUCAUUGUGCAGUGUACAGGUACAGAGCCAAUGAAAUGCAGUUGUUUUCGCAUAUCCCAGCUAGCUGGGGUCAGAGCGCAGGGUCAGCCAUGAAACAGCGCCCCUGGAGCAGAUAGGGUCAAGGGCCUUGCUCAAGGGCCCAACAGUGGUAUCAUGGCGAUGCUGGGGCUUGAACCCCCCACCUUUCGGUAACCCUUUCAGUAACCCAGAGCCUUAACCGCUGAGCAAAUACUAUCAUGAUGUAUACGUACUUUACAAUUUAAAUAAGAUAUCAUUUUUUAUAUUUUAGAAAGAAAUAUGCUUAAUUGUUAAAUCACUUUCUCACAGCUUAUGCAGAGAAAAUUAUAAAUAAAUCAUUUAUUGGUUGAUUUCCCUGAAAAGUGUAAACACUGUGGCUCUAUGCCAAUUCCAGUAUUGCCGUGUUUCUAUGAGCGACAGCAACACUGGCUCAACCAAUGGUGUAAUUUUAAGGUGGGGCUAUGAAGGUGUAUUGGGAAAGCUGUUUGACACCAAUGUUUAUUUUUGCAAUUCAGAUUGGUGGUGCUAGUAGCGCAGAAAUUACACUUCUGCUUUAAAUAGGCUUUGUUUUUAGGCAUAAUUUAAUUUCUUAUUUAUUUUGUUUUGAUUUUUAGUUGAUAUAAGAUUAGGACAUGUUCAGAUUUUGUGAGAUACACCCAGUAACCCCCAGCUUACACAAUCAGAAGAGGUUAAAAGAGAGAGAUAUUUAUUUAUGAUUUGGUUUGUUCAUUUUAAAUUGAGGAAAACGGCAAUAAUUCCUUGGUAAGAGGAUCAAAUCCUGGAUUUUACAUUUCUAUUACAUAUAAAACACACUGGCUUUUAAAAACAAUGUGAGAAAAUAGUUGUUAAAAGAUGGGCCACAUUGGUUAUUGUUCAGGUAUGCAAGCCUGUGUUUAUCAUCGAAACGCAGUGGUUAUUCAUAGUUAGUCUGAUUACGUGUGGUAAUCAGGAACCGAGUUGGAGGAAAACCGAAAGUUUUAUGAUCCGUUUAUAACAGAAAUAUCAGGCUCUAGAAAGUUAACUUCCUGUUGACACUUGGAAGACAACACCAAAUGCACUCUGCCACCUAGUGGGCCCUCUUUGAGUGUGCAUGAAUGUGCAUUUGUGCACAAUGGUUUUAUGAAUGCAGGGAUGUUUGGGGUAUUUGAUAAGACUGCAGAUAUAUGAAGAUUUUUGGUAUGAAUGGGGCUAGUUUUUAUCAUUGUAAAUCCAAUGAUAUUCCUGCCUUAUUUAGAGGGGUUUUGAUAAAUAUAGAGUAUAUAUAAGUAAAUAAAACAUGAUAACAAGUUUUGAUGAGGCUAUCAAAUGUUUUCAACUGUGUUGUAUUUGUGCAUGAAAAGUGCAAGCGGUUAAAGGCCAACUUAAUUUGUAAAUAUAACUUAUUCCUCUGAGCCCAGUUUUGUGGGUUAGGUAUUGUUGAUGAGCUUGUUUUUUGAUCUUUGUUAUAUGUGCCGUUUUAAAUGGACUUCUGAGCAUUGUGGUACAUUUCGGGCUAAAAAAAGCUUAGGAAAAGUUUUCUCUCUCUUUUUUUAUACCACUUAUUCCAGAAGUAGAUAUUCAGUGUUUUAGAAAGAGGCUCAUUGAAUUUCCUCUUUUGAAUCCAGUUUCCAAAAUGUAUUUUCCAAUGUGAACGCCUGAUGGCUCAUUCAGAACUGCUUUAAGUUUUGGUGUUUUGAUAUUGCUUUAAUCUUGUUCUUUUUGUCAAAAACAUUGCUUGAUUAAAAGGAAAGGGGAACCAGUUUGUGUGUUUCCCCAAUCCACCAGCCUCCAGCCUGUCUGCUUGAAUAAUAAGGGAUAGUUCACCCAAAAUGACUUUAUGAUGGGGAGUGAACUAUCCCUUUAAGAUGCAAGAAAGCUGCGACUUUUGCUGAUUUUUCCCCUGACUGUUAAUGGUAGAGUAUGGCUUAGGAGAGUUGAUGGUUAUGGGACAGGGCUGCGUGUUAAUUUACAUGUUUACGAUUUGUACUGGUCAUUCCUGGACCUCAGUUGAGCCUGCCUGUCACUUGCACAUACAUAUUCUCAUCUUCCUGCUUCUCUCCGUAUUAUUGUUCUUGAUAUCCUGCCUUACGAUAUUUUGCACCCCUGUGGUUAUCUACGCAUUAUUUUUCAAAAAUUGCUUUUUGCCAAAGUAUACUGCAGAAAAUGUGUAUUAGAGAUUGAAAUGUCAUUUUCUGUGUGUUUUGUCUUUGAUCGCAUUAUUAUCUGGUUAAUUUUUUUGUUUCCUUUCUCUUUUUUACUAUGAGUAUUUAUUGUUGUUGUUGUUUUUUUUGGUGUGUUUUUUUUUUUUUUACUCCUUGAGGUAACUUUAAAGAGGCUUGUGUGGUAUCAAAAGUUGAACACAACCAAAAAUCAAAUACUUUUUUGUUUUGUUUUUGGAGAACAUAAGUUAUGGUGUCUGUGCACUCUCAGGCUGCAAAAAAAGAAAGAAAGUAUUUUAUCUUGUUUUCCUGUAAAAAUAUCCAAACAUUCUUGAAACAAGGUAAAUUUACUCAAGAUAUGUUGUCUUAUUUUCUUAGAAAUCUAAAAAAAUUUAAAAUUAUGCUUAUAACAAAUGUUUAGAUUUCUUUAAAAACAAGACUUAAUAUCUUGUCAUUCUGCUUAAGUAAUUUUGUCUUGUUUAAAGGAUGUUUAGAUCAUUUUUUUUUAAUGCAAAAUAAGUCAAAAGUACUGUUUCUGUAGAAUCACAACAAUUGGAAGUUAAUCCAUGAGAUUUGAUUUGUGAUCUUUCAACUGAAGCCUCCGCAAUCAUACAUUUCUAUUCAACUAAAUUAUUUGUAAACUACAUUUAAAAGGUAAAUAAUUAUUUAAGAGCCAACAAACGAUAUACUCAAACAACAAAGAAAUACACUGUAGUUAAUUUUAGCAAAACCCUUUGAUUUAAAUUGCAGUGAAUAAUUCCGAAACAGAGACACUAUUUUGUUUGUUUGAUCAAGAGAACAGCUUUGUGUUUAUUAACAACACAAUGACAUCAUGAUGGGAUCAGGAAUUCAGUUUUCAUGCAUAUUGAUGUACCUGAAUAAAUGGGCUAUACAAGGUAAUCAAAGCUUCUAAUGUAUGCAGGAGUAGCACAAUGGUCUUUUGAGAAUUAGUCUUUUUACAUGGCUAUCUGGCAAAAUAUGAGUAAGGAUCAUUUGGGAGAAACCAUAGUGCAGAGCAGACAAUUAAAUGUUAGUUUGUAUAUAUUAGCUUUGCAAAUGUUUAUGCUCGAAUCUAUUAAGAGUACAUGAAUAGCACAGUCUGAUGAUGACCUGUUCCAACUGCUGGAAUUUUGACUUGUUAUAGAGUGUUAAUGUUGUUCAUUUUUAUACCCUUGUCCGAUUGCACCAAAUUCAAUCCUGUAAUGAGGACCUACUUUGAUACAAUCCAAACUCAAAAUCUAUUUAUUGUAAACCAAAGUUUGGUCAAGCGGGAUUCUAUGUCUCUUUUAUAUGGACACAUACGUAAUGGAGAUAAGGAAAGAAAUGUGCAAAUUCUGAGUGCAGACGUUUGUUUAUAGAUGUUAAUGAUUACCUGCAUUGACCCUGGUUGUGAUUUACCACCCCCUCUCGUCUCCUGUCUGGCAUCAUCACUGCGUGCCAAACCCGAGGUACUGGUACGAACACCUCUGACCUGUAUCUGCUUUUAAUGCUGAGUCCUCUUGUGAUGUACAUCUGCAACGAAUCAGUAAAAGUGGGAUUUGUAAAACAUCGUCAGAAAUGUUCAAGAACGAAGUUGAGGCUCUGUAAUUUUGUUCAGAAAUACUCUCUCAGACGAACAUGAAUUGACUGCAUUGUGAGCUUUGAUAUGAUUGUUUUGACAAGCCAGACAUUACACUAUAUUGUUUUUCCUCAUGAAAUCUGGUUUAUUGUAAACAUAAUGGGUAUUACUGUUAUUUCAAAUACUAUUAUAAUUAUUAUUAUUGUUAAUUAAAUUAGUGGCAGGCCACUGUGUACCAUUGUAUGUUAAUAUCCCAAUGAAAUCUGUGCAAGAUCAUGAAAAUGUUUAUGAAUUAAAGAAAUAAAACCACAA